AUGACUUUAUUGCUUAAUACACGAAUUUUUUUUUUGUUUUUACUUCUAUUUCUAAGUGAAAAUGUAAUAGGCUAUGUAAAUGAAAAUGAAAGUAUUGAGCAGCUAAAAUAUGUUAUUGAUAAUAAGGAAAUGUUCGAUAAUUUAACAGGAUUAGAAAGGCUAAUAAUACAGACAUUGAAAUUUGAUGAGUUACAACUACCUGUAUUAAAACCAAAUGUUCAGGAAUACCUGAACAUGUCUAAUUUUAUGAUAGUUAAGGUGAAUACUAACAGUGAAAAUGAAAUUGACAUAGUUGUGCCGAAUACCACGGCUGACAUUCAUGAUAUAGUAAAAUAUGAACACAUUACAAGACAGCAAAUAAUACAAACGUAUGAUUCAGAAAAUUCUGAUUUAGUUAAGAAGAAAUUUUUGCUUUUAAAGGCAUUAAAAACAACGAAACUCAUGUUAAUGCCUAUGUAUACUUAUAAGGAGACAAAAGAUUUUAAAAAGUCAUUAGAGGCAUUAAAUGCCUUUUUUUUUCAACCAGAAGAAGUAGAUAAGAACAAACCUUAUUUAUAUUCUAAAACGUAUUUUGAUAAUGUUAUAAACUAUGUUAACGAAAUAAAGAAGAGAGAACCAAAAGAAAAUGCAUAUUCAACUAUGAUAAUUGGUGAAGAACAGUCAUGUAUACAGAAUUCCAGCGAUUUUUUUUUUACAACAAAUGAUGACAUUGAAUUUAUGAAAAUAUUAGAUAAGGUAUCUAAUCAUUUUGGAAUAGCUAUGUUCAACUCAGUUGGUUCUAAUCUUGUAGCACUAGGGCAUUUCGUUGUUCUACAAUUAGCUCUUAAGAAAUAUGAUCAAUUUUUUAAACAUGGAAAAAUGAGAUUUUUUAAUUGGCAAACAAUUUUAAGUUUCAAUGCAUUAGAUAGGUUUAGGAUAUUAGACACUAUGUGCAAUGUACAAGGUUUUCAUGAUGUUCAAACUAAAAGAAGAAUCGUUUAUUUGAAGGAUGAUAGGUCAUCAUCGUACGAUGAAUGUAGUAUACUAGAAUUUCUAGUUCAUUACUUUAAUAAAUACCAAAUUUCAUUAAUUUCGAAUUUAUAUCAAGAUGAUUUUAAAACUCAUUACCUAUCAGAGCACGUAGAUAUAAAGAAUGAAUUUUUCAAAUUUAUGUGUAAUGAUAUAAAACAAUGUAAUAUAUAUAAUAGUAAAAUAUUUCUAAGUGAAGAUGACACUAUAAAAUCGUUGAACAGUGAUGCCCCUUCCGAUAUGCCAUUAAGCCCUUACAAUUUAUACACAAAUUAUUUCUAUUUUACAAGAAGUUAUAGUCAAUUUACACCAAAUCACAUUUUGUAUGUCCACUUUUUAAAUUUAACAGGAAUCUUAAAUAAUGAUAAUAUGGCUUUUGUAACUUCCAUUUACUUACCCGGAUAUUACAAUGCCAUUGAAUUAUCCUUUGAUCAAGAAUCAUUACUUACGGACUUGAUUGAGAAUUUAUUACAAUGUGUUGAAAAGUGUAAUUUAAUGGAGGUUUUAAAAAAAGCAUCAAUAAAAAACAAUAGCUCAGAACAAGACUAUGGUCAAAGUAUAUCCACGAAAUGUAACCUUUGCAAGGGAGUAUUCACAUAUAUAAACUCUAAAUAUGGAGAAACGUCAUCCAUGUUGCAAAAAUUUUUCACUUUUGUUACAAAAAGUAUUAAUAUAAAUAGUGUAAGCACAUUAAUUAGAAAUUUGAGUGUUUAUGAAGAAUAUAACAAUUUUUUAACAAAUGACGUCAAUUGGUAUACAUUUUUAUUGCUACUUAGGCUUACCUCCUUCAAGAAAAUUGCAGAAAAGAAUGUGGCUGAAGCUAUGUAUUUAGAUUUGAAGAAUGAAGAUAAGUUUAACAAAACUGUAACAACAAAUUAUUGGUAUCCCUCAUAUUUAAAAAAGGCUUAUACUUUGUAUGUAAAAAAUAAAUUGGCUAUCAACCUAGUAGAAAAGUUAGAGAAUUUAUUAAACAAAGGGACAAUAGAGAAAAUGAAAAAAAGUGUGAGAUUUUUGGUUCAUGUAAAUUCUUUUUUGCAGUUAGAUUUUUUUCAUAAUUUGAAUGAACCAAGGCCUAAGGAAGAUCGUAUGAAUCCAUUGUCUAUGGUUCUUGAAAAUAAAUUUACUAAUUGGCUUUUUAAUUCUAAUUUGGGUUACUUUUUUUUAAAUUAUUAUGAUCCAACAAUAAGAAAUCAAAUGCAUGAAAAGCUCAGAUCAGAUAGGUUUUUAGUACCUAGGUUUCAAAAGGUGUCUGUUGUGUUGAAAAAUUAUUUUAUGAAAGCGUAUGAAUUUUAUUUUAAUCAAAGGCACGUAAAUAAUUUAUACAAAAAUUAUGAUCAUUUCAAUAUAAGUAAUAAAAUUAUGGUAAUGAGAGAUUCCUAUGAAUCCUAUUUAGAGAAUUACAAGGAUGUGAUUUUUUUGGCAGAUAUAUUUAAUAUAAGAAAAUAUUUAUCAGCUACUCCUAAGGCAAAAAGAGUUACAGACAGAAUAUACUAUUACAUUCAUAAUAUUUUGGGUAACUCUGUAAACUUUUAUAAAUAUGGUAUGAUAUAUGGGUUCAUAAUUAAUAAGAAAUAUUUGAAAGAAGUGAGCGAUGAAUUGUUUUCAAUUUAUAAAUUGAAUAAGCAUAUCUUCACAGAUACUUCUUUUAUGGAAACAGUUUAUUUACUCUUUAGAAAAAUUGAAAGUAGUUUUAAUGUGCAUAGGAGAAAUGAUAAAAUAAGUAUAAACAAUUUGUUCUUUUUAAAUGUUUCACAUAAUUAUUCAAAAAUGAAUAAAGAAGAUAGAUUAGAAGAAUUAAACAACUCCAUGGCAUCAAGAUUUUUUUCAAAAACGUUAUUUUCCACAUUUCAAACUAUGUUUUCCACAAUGUUAAGUAAUAGAGCAGAAAAGCUUGAUAGAAUGUACGGAACUGCUAACAUGCUUGGUUUAACAAUGAAUGAUCAGGCAUUUUUAAAUUUUUCAUAUGCCUUCUAUGGAAGUAUAAUGGAUAAUAUAACAAAUAGUCUCUUACCACCAUAUGCCAAGAAACCAAUAGAACAAUUAAAAUAUGGAAAAACAUUUAUCUUAUCAAACUAUUUUAUGCUAGCUUCACAAACGCUUUCAUUAUUAAAUUUAAAUAAUUUAAGUCUAUUAUGCGAAUAUCAAGCUAUAUCAAGUGCUAACUAUCACUCUAGCAAGAAACUUGGUAGAUUUGUUGACAAAAAAAUGAUAGGUAUUAUUGUGUACUAUUUAAAUGUGAGAAUUCAGAGUGUUAUAAGUCAUCCUAACGAGUUUAAAGCUAUGUUGGGUCCUCUAACUAAAGCCAGUGCUAUGCAUCCUGCUGUUUGUCUUACUGUGCAUAUGGCUAGUAAUUUAUACUUUGACACGCCAAUUGCUUUCCCGAACACAAUGGCUUCUAAAUUAGGGGAGCAAGCUAAUCAUGUCACACUUCCAAAACCAAGUGGAAAACUACCUGUUAGUGGUUUUACAAAAGAUUUUAUUUUGGAAUUUAUUAAUGGAAUGUCUCUUGCUUUUACUAUAUUUCCUUUUUUGCGUACCUAUGCUUUUGAGCAAAAUGUUGUAUAUUUUUUCAUAAAUCCAGUUCGACUUUUCGAUAGAUUUCAUACACCUGUUGAUAGUUAUAUUAAAAGUAUUGUUCGAAAAAAUUUUAAAAAAUAUACAACAGAUGAAUUCCUAAGAUUUUUAGAAAGAUCUUUAUUAAAUCUUAAAAGAAGGGGUAAAAUGGAAGAGGCAGUUAAAGCUAGAUUGGAUAUUAAAAUGUUUAAUGAGAAUUCUAUUAUACAAGGCUUAAAAGAGGAUUUGCCUAGGAUAGCACCACAAGAAUAUGAGCGCUUGCAAAAAAUGGAUUCUGAACUGUAUGAAGACGAUAAUCUUCUUUUUGAUUCAUUAGAUGAUGAAGAAAAAUUUUUAAAUGACAAAUAUGUAAUUUCCAAUAUUUCUGAAGAUGAAGUGGAAUUGUCGAGUAAGAGGAGUACACAUUCUACAAAAGACAACAAAAGUAAUAAUAAAGUAAAUGAAAGUGAAGAAAUUAAAACAGAUAUAAAAGAACCUGAAGAAGAAAUUUCUGACGAAAAUAGUGAAAAAGAAGUACAUGAACCAGGUAAUGAAAAUGAAGAAAAUGAUGAUGAGGAUAUGCUCGAUGAAAAAUUAAUGAUUAAGAGAACACCGCCUGAAGAAGAAUGA